AUGGAGGCGGCGCUGGAUCUUAUGCGGCGGAUGCCCCCGAGGCAGGCGGAGACGGCGCUCUCUGCGCUCCUCUCCCUCCUCCCUCACCAUGCUGACAAUCUCCUCUCCCAAAUCGACCAGCCUCUGCAGGUUCCUCUCUCUCUCUCUCUCUCUCUGCAUUUUUGUUUCCAACCGAAGUGAGGAGAUCUUCGGGAGGCAUCGGUGUUUUCUGAUCUCUCUGUUUUUGUUUCCUGCCCGGCUUGAUUUUUCUUCUUCUAUGUUUCGCUGCUUUCGUAUUUCCUGUGGCGGCAUGGCUCGGACGGAUGGAGCAGGCCCUCUUCGACGCGGAGUCAGGCAAGGAGUUUGUACUCUGCGAGUACAACAGAGACGCCGAUUCUUACAGGUGAAACCGGUUAACGAGGAGGGAGGGAGAGCUGGAUAGAUUGAUUUGAUCUUCGUAGUCACUGAUAUUCUUUCUCAUAUUUUUUAUGAAAUUAUUAACGUCUCAUCGUCGAAAGUAUCUCCCCACUAACACUCCCAUUCCGACCUUCUGCUGCCAUCCUCACUCGACUAUAACUACAUCUCUUGUGCUGCCGUUCUAUAAGAAUCCCAUGGGAAGCGGAAAUUGAGACGUCGCGUUUGGUUUUCUCAGUCCUUCCGUUGUGUCUUCGAUGGGAUCUUCCGUCUUUCCUGUAUUGCAUGCAUUAUACUGUGUUCUAUGGUAGAUUUCUCAUUAAAUUUGUCACACUUUGGUGCAAAUGACUGUGUGCCAAGUAUUUUCUAUUAAUUUUUCUUCCUUGUUCAAAUAUAGAUCACCAUGGUCGAACAAAUACCAUCCCCCAUUGGAGGACGGACCCCUCCCAUCAGAUGAUCUGAGGAAAUUGGAAAUCGAAGCCAAUGACAUCUUUUCAGUCUACCGCGACCAGUAAGUACCUUGACUGUAUUUUUCAUAAAUCUGAUCUAUCCAUCCUUGGCAAUUAGUUUCAUUCAGAAUCUUAAUUCACAUUUCAUUCGCCAUCCAUGUCGACGUUCUCUGAGGUAGUAACGGGGAAAAUUACUGGUAGGUAUUAUGAAGGUGGUGUUUCUUCUGUGUACAUGUGGAAGGAUGAUAGUGAUUGCAUUGCCGCCUGCUUUGUGAUCAAGAAAGGUUCGCAGUUGUGCCAUAAAUUUUCUGUGUCAAGGGGCAUGUACCUGAUUGUCCUGAGACGUGAUGUUUUCUUGGUGAAUGUGGCUGAAGAUGGUUCAAAGUCUGCUCAUGGGCGGAGAGGUUACCUACAAGAAGGAGCCUGGGAUGCCAUUCAUGUCAUUGAGGUAAGGACAAUUCAUUACAGCAGUAAAAAGCUUUCUGCUGUUACCCAUGGGGUUUCCAUUUAUUCUACUAUUGUAGAUUUCUAUCAAAUGCAUUUUUUAACUAUCUGUUUACUCAGGUAAGGUCGGAGGUAGAUGGAACCGCUCACUACUGCUUAACUAGCACUGUCAUGCUAUCCAUGACAACAGAGAGCAAGUCCUCCGGAACUUUCAGUCUGUCUGGAUCGAUCAGAAGACAAGUAAUUUUGCUUACAUUUAUAGUUUUUGUUUUUUCUGAAUCCUUAUCUGCAGUUGCUUCAUUUGUUGGAAAACCGCUUCAAUUUCAAGCUUCCUCAAACAAGUUGCAAAAACAUCUUAAAAUGAUACAAUCUCUGUUUUAGGCGGUAAGAGCUCUUAAUUAAUCAAAUUAACUAGAUACUUCUCUUCAACCUCUGCUCUGUCAAGGAAACUCUAUGUUCAAUUCCCUCAUAGCGUCCAGUAAUAGGAAACCAUAUCUGCCUCAUAAAUUACAUAAUGCUAGACACCUGACUUUAUUUGCAAUAUUCAACUGAAUUUCGUUGUUUUCCAUACCAGUCAUGUGGAUGACCAGAUCUUAAACGUGCCCAUAAUUUAUCGCUGUUAGAGGCCAUGAAUUAUCUUUGCUGUAUCCCAAAACGACAUUGUCUGAUAUAUUCACCUGCCCCGUUUAAACUUUAAAGGGUUGACCUUUCCCACCUGAGAUUUUUCCUGAAGAACCAUACUGGUGUCUGUGAGAUGAUCCCCUUCGCCAAGAGACUCCCAUAAUUCCCUUAAAUCCAGGUUUUUCCAAAAUAAAAGGCAAAUUCCCCAUUGAUCUUCACUCUCUCACCUUCCAGAUGAGUUUGGACCUCCCACUGGAAGAUGGGCACGUCUGUAACAUGGGGAAAAUGAUAGAAGAGAUGGAGGGUAAGCUGAGAAACUCCCUGGACCAGGUACUUAUUUGUUUCCCCUUAUCGAAUUCCUCCCCUACCCCCAUUCUUUCCCUGCUGCUUCAGAAAAUAUCUCCAACUUUGGUAGGUUUACUUCGGGAAGACAAGGGAGAUGAUCUGCACCCUGAGGCCUCCCCAGGAUGGCAUGCUUGCUAGACCUCUACCCCAGCGCUGA